UUUGUUGAAUUUAGGCUUGAAUUUAAUAUUGUCCUUUGUUUUGUCCAGCUCCUUAGUGUCUAAUAGUAUAAGAAUACUGCUGCAUCAUGGUGGGAAAUUGACCUUUGAACCCAGAUUUGAAUAUCAUGGUGGUUCUGUAGAACAAUUGGUUGACUGGGACACAGAUGUAAUAUCUUCUAUUGAGAUGGGUAAGGAGGUAUUUAAAUUAGGGUAUAAGGCUUUUAAAGCUUUAUGGUACAGGCACCCUGGGGCAAUAGGUCCAAGUGGGAAUAGGCGUAUAAUCACUGAUAAGGAUGUGCACCAGUUCUGCUCUGAUGUUAAGGGGUAUAAUCUAGUCCAUUUAUUUGUUGAACAUGACAAUGAGAUAUCAUUAGAUGUUGUUGACUCAGAUGAUGAUGUUGCAAUAGUUGAUAGGUUGGAUGUGAUUUGUGGGAAGUUGAUUCAGGGAGAAAAGGAUGUGGAAAAGGAUAAGGUGAUUCAAGAGGAGGUUGUUUCUGUGGUACUAGAGUGUGAGAAGGAUAAAGUGGUUGAAGAAGAACCUGAUAAGGAGAGGGUGGUGGAAGAAGAGGUUGGUAAGGACAAGUUAGUGGUAGAAGAGGCUGAGAAGGAAAAGUUAGUGGAAGAAGAGGCUGAGAAUGUAGUGGCAGAACAGGUUGAGAAGGAGAAGGUAGUGGCAGAACAGGUUGAGAAGGAUAACCAAGUGGUGGGAGAAGAGGGAGAUGAUGAGUCAUAUCACCCUAACAGUGAUGACAGUGAUGAUUCCUCAGUGGUGUCACUAGAUGAUAGUGACUAUGAGGAAAACUGGGACUGGACCACAGUCUUGCCUCAUGAGUCUCUUGUUGAUAUACCUCAUGAUGCUCCACCACCUGAUCUGUAUGAACUUUCAUUACCUGUAGACAUUAAUGAUCCAAGAGCAACAUACUCAGAUUUUGAAGAUGAAGAUGGGGAUUCUGUUGAUUUAGAGAGUCCAUCUGAAGGAGAAGGAGAGGGAAGGGCAAGGAGAUACCCCAGGUUUAGACCUGCAGAAGAUGGUGAUAGUGUGAACUUUGUCCUUGGUCAGAUAUUUGACAGUAAGGAUAUUUUUAUUCAUGCUGUUAAGGAAUUUGCUCUGCAACAUAAGAAAGAUAUGAAAAUAGUGAAGAAUGACAAGAAGAGGGUGGUUGUUAAUUGUGUCAAAGGCUGCCCAUUUAAUCUGAGAAUCAGUAAGACAAAUAGCAGGUACUACUUCCUGCUUGUCACAUAUGAGGCUACUCACAAUUGCUGCAGGUAAAACCUAAUCUUCCAAUUCAAGCAGAGACAAUUGAUGCUGAGAUGGAAGACUUCAAUCAUAUGCCCACUGAUUCAGCAAAGGUUGGAAUUCUCCAAGGAAGCAGCUGAUAAAUGUGUAGCAGUUUGGAAUGGUUCUGACAAUUUCAGACACUUCCAAGUGAAGAGAGAUUCUGAUUCUUAUGUUGUAGACCUGGAAGAAAAGACAUGUGCCUGCAGGAGAUGGCAGUUAACAGGCAUUCCUUGCUCACAUUCCAUUGCAUGUAUGUGGUUUGCACGCAGGAAACCUGAGAAUUAUGUGGAUCCAAGCUACAGGAAAUCAACUUUCCUGGAAACAUAUUCUUAUCUAAUCCAGCCCAAUAAUGGGCCUAAGUUAUGGCCAGAAGAUCCUGCACCACCCCUGAACCCUCCUUUUGUAAGAAGAGCUCCUGGGAGGCCAAAGAAGGCUAGAAACAAGGCAAAUGAUGAGAAGAAGAACCCUACAAAGUUGAAGAAAGGAGGUUCUGCACUAAAAUGUAGAAGAUGUGGAGGACAAGGGCACAAUGUAAGAACUUGCAAAGUCAAGGACCUAGCUGACAGAGAGAUUCCUGUUGGAGGGAAUAAGGAUAACCCUACAAUACUGCAACCUGAGCAGAGGGAUGUGCAAACUACUCAAAAUGCAACUCAGGAUGCAUCUCCUGUGAGCCAGACCCAAGGUGAUCCUCCUCUUAGCCAAUCUCAAGCUCCACAGGCUCCACAAUCUCAGGCUCCACAGGCUCAAGCUGAAGGGAAAGGGAAAGUGAAACAGCCAGCCAAAGGGAAACAGGGACAAAAUGCUAAAGGAGGAAAGAAGAUGAAGCUUGGAGAAGUUAGUGGAUCAAAGUAGUAAUGUGUUUUAGGCUUCAAAAUGUGUAAUGUGUUUUAGGCUUAAAAGACAAUUGAGCAAUGUGACUCUUUUUAAUGUUUCUGUAAUGUGGUUUAGGCCUAAGUGCCAAUUGAGAAAUGUGACUCUUUUUAUGGUUUCUGUAAUGUUGUUAAGGCCUAAGUGCCAAUUGUGUACUCUACUGUGGGUGUUUGAUGACAAAUGAAGGCCUAAGUGCCACUGUUAUUUUGUUGAA